AGCCAGAUGAACGUAAAGCAUCUAUCGAUGGUAGCAAAGUGACGGUAGCUGCAAAGGAGUUGUCGCAAGCGGCGGCGAACAUGGAAGUCGACGACAAAUCAAAUCUUUCUCCUGAUGAGGGAGAAAGGAAGAGAAAGGUUGACAAACAAGAGGAAAAACCAGCAAAGCAUAAAUCUGUUGAAUACAAAGCUGGUGAUGCAACUGUUGGUCAAGACAAAACCACUACUGAAUCAGUGUCUCUUCCAAGAGCUCCAGUAUCUCCUGAUCAUAAUGGUGAAACUGAGGAAAAAUCUGUUGGGCUCGCAAAUGGUGAUACGACAGCUGCCAGCAUCGAUGUGUCUGAUGUGCCUCAGCCCCAUCAAGAAGAUGAUGGCCAACCCGAGGUUGAUAAGGACCAUGGAAACAGUGAAAACGACGCCGAUUCAGAAAAAAAAUCUGCGGGAACACACGAAACAUCAAAAACUGAUAACGGAAGUACUUCACAGAAAGAAAAGGACGCAAAGAAGGAGGGAGAAAGUCAUAAGGAACCAAAGCAAAAACAGCAGGCAUCAGAGAAACGUGAAGGUGCAAUGAAUGACUUAAAGCCAGAAAAACAAAAGAAUGCAAACACCAAAGAAAACCAACUUGACGAAAAUAUCAAAUCUGAUAUAAAGAAAAACAGUGGCCAUGACACAAGUUCUGUUGGGGAUGUAAUAGGGAAUAGUAAAAAAGAAGACAAAAGAAAGGAAUAUUUUCCCGGUUACAAGGGAAAGAGAAUGACUGUUGUUUUUCAUGCUGUACUUGCACCUCAUUUUAAAUUUGAGGAGAGUCAAGGUGACAGACUCUAUAUGAGGUUUGGUGAAACUGCUCUUGGAAACUUUAAGGAAGAUGUUGUUGAAGUGUUUCCACAAAGAUAUCUUGAUGAUGAGUUUAUCCUGGUGAAAGCCGAGCUCUCGGUACCACACGUUUUUCUAGCUCGCAAAAUUCCCUACAAGUAUAUUGUGUUCAAAGCAAAACGAAAAGAUUCAAAGGAGAAAAAGAAGAAUUUGUGGGAACAGUUACCUGACUUGGGAACUAUGACGAACCGAUGUCUUCAUAUUCCGCAGGACAAAUGUCGUGAGGGAGCGUUCUGGCACCAAUAUGAUGACACUAUUUUCAGUUCACCAAGUUGGUGGCAAAGUAUUCGUAGCAAGCUGCCAAUUUUAAAGGGCAUGGAUUCCACUGAGGGAAGGACCAUAGCAACUCGAGUCAUGUUGCCUAAGUGGGAGGGUUUUACGGUGGAUGACGUGGAGGAGAAUAUUACUGCUUGGGAAGCUAUUCAGACAGUCAAUGAUAUAGCUUACUGCUACACUCAAACCGAGGCUAUGGAAAAGAGCCGCACGACAAAAAAAAAUGUUCCACAUCGUUAUAAUUUUCAACAGAUUCUGAAAGAAUUUUUCAAAACGAGGAUCGAAACAAAUGAUGUUCCUCAAUCAGAUACAGACGACAAGAAAACGUUUCAUCCGUUGGUGUCAUCCGUUGCUAUUGCCUAUAUCAUUUAUACACAUAAAGUGUAUCUUGAUCCUCAACAAUACGAAAAGCUGUUCGCCUCUUUGAUUCUGCAUCCAGACCCUAGAGAAAAAAGAUGUGCAGGAUUGGAAAAGAUUCUUAAGGAAUUUUCCUCAGAUCAGUUGCAAAGCCUUGGUGAAGCCAUUCAGGCCAUUUGCAAACAUGUCGCCAAAAAUCACAAUGACCUUCAUGAAUGGCUCUUUGCCGUACCGUUGGUUCACUUUCUGACCCAAGUAUCCCAGCCUUUCAGCGGUUCUGUGUUACUUAUGGAGGAACCAAAGGAAAAAGACGACACUUGGUGGGGAGCAAAUGGAUUUGACACGAAGUCCGUCAGGGAGAGAAGUUUUACAGAGCGCAGCUGCCCCUCAAGACUUACAGAAGUGCUUUCUCCUAUGUUUGAAUUGGAUCCUCUGUUCCGAAGGACUUUCCUUCUUGUAGUUCCUUGUCGUGUAUUCAAUAAAAUUGCUUCCAGUGGAAAGUUUGCUCCCGUGGAAAUAUAUACUACCCUCGCUAGAACCUUGUCCGAAAAGGUUCACAUAACCGAACAAGAGAGCAAUGCUGUCAACACUAGCCUUGAUGUAAUUUUGGAGGAUCUCAAGAAAGCUAGCAAAUCUAUAGACACAGGGUAUUCUAGCUCUGAGGAACUUAUCGCCCUGACACAACAAGCAUAUCUCUGUACCUCCUCUUGCUUGAGCAUUCUCCAUGCUUUAGUUUCUUCUCGUUGCAACUUUGUCUUGUUGUAUAGUUGUGUGCUUAACAUUGAGACAUGGUUCUCAGUCCUCGAAAUGACAGAGCAGGAAGAGAAACGGAAAUUUGACAAAGUGAAACGAGUGGUGGUCGAAACUUUUGAAGUUGUAAAUACUGUGUUGAAAAAGCAUGUGUUAUCCUCAAAGAUGCCAUGGUACAAUACGACUGAAACACAGGAGGAACUAAGGAUAUGGUCUGUUUUGCUGAAUAUUGUUUGGGGAAACAGUCAGUGUGCAGAGAGUUGGAAAAAUGACCUGUCAAGGACACUGAAAAUGCGUUUGGAAGAGUUGGAUUGCAAUUAUUUGAUUGAAAUAUUCACUAAAGUUAACAUGGUAGACCAGCAUAAUCAUGUUCAAGACUUGGUGUCCGAAGUAACAUUCAGGAAGGUUGAAAGCAUGCUGAAGAUUGGAAGUGAAGAUGAAGAAGUAUUCAGAAACCUUACAGAGUACGGACUCGAUUCUCCUCAGGCCUCAGAGUGUGGCCGAUUGCUAACUCUAAUGUUGACAAGUUGUUGGCCAGAGGUACAGAGAGGUACCCCAUGUUCAAGUAAAGACAUUCUGAGGCACGUUCUGACAUGGAGGCUUUGGCCCUGCUUUUUCCAAAGAUUUGGAAAAGCUUCAGACCUCCGACGGGUGCUCAAAGAAGAUGGCAGGGAU